AUGAGCAAUUACGAAAAUGAGCUAAUUAUAUGGAUCCGUAUCAUGGUGAGACGACCCCAUAUAAAACAAGCUGGUGUUUUAGUAACUUUGUAUUUUAUGUAUGAAGGUAUCAAAGGAGUCAAUAUAGGUCCAACGGGACGCACAGGAGGUAAGAUUGGUCUAAUAGGCCUAAUAGGAGGCAAGAUAGGCCUAACGGGAACUGUAGGAGGUAAGAUUGGUCUAAUUGGACCCACAGGAGGUAGAAUUGGUCUGAUUGGUGUUAUUGGAGGUAAGAUAGGUCCAACUGGACCCACAGGAGGUAAGAUCGGCCUAAUAGGUCCGAGUGGGGGUAAGAUAGGCCUAACUGGACCCACAGGAGGUAAGAUAGGCCUAAUUGGACCUACAGGUGGUAAGAUUGGCCUAAUAGGUCCGAGUGGGGGUAAGAUAGGUCUAACUGGACCCAAAGGAGGUAGGAUUGGCCUAAUUGGACCCACAGGAGGCAAGAUAGGCCUAAUUGGACCUACAGGUGGUAAGAUCGGCCUAAUAGGUCCGAGUGGGGGUAAGAUAGGUUUAAUUGGACCCAAAGGAGGUAGGAUUGGCCUAAUUGGACCUACAGGAGGUAAGAUCGGCCUAAUAGGUUCGAGUGGGGGUAAGAUAGGCCUAACUGGACCCACAGGAGGUAGGAUUGGCCCGAUUGGCUUCACAGGGGGUAAUGUAGGUCCUAUAGGAGGUAAAAUUGGUCUAAUAGGUUCUAAGGGAGGUAAGAUAGGUUGCAAAGGAGGUAAGAUAGGAGGCAAGAUAGGCCCUUUUGGAGGAAGGACGGGUGGUUUUAUAGGAGGUAAAAUUGGCCUAAUAGGGCUCUUAGGAGGUAAGAUAGGCUCAGUAGGUGAUUUUGGAGGGGUUGAUUUUGGUGGUGGUGGAAUAAUUGGUGGCAAUGAAGGUGGUUCUAAUUUAGGGGGUGGUGAUGUUGGUUUUUGUGGUGGCAAUGAUGGUGGAUAUGGUUUAGGUGGGGGAGAUAUUUUCGGUGGAAAAGAUGGUGGAUAUGGUUUAGGUGGAGGUGAUUUUUGUGGUGGAAAUGAUGGUGGAUAUGGCUUAGGUGGUGGUGAUUUCGUUGGAGGCACGGUUGGUGGAUAUGGCUUAGGUGGAGGUGGUGAUUUCGUUGGAGGCAAGGUUGGUGGAUAUGGUUUAGGUGGUGGCAAUGGAGGAGGUGGUGGUGGUCGUUUAGGAGGAGGUGGAGGAGGUGAUUUUUUGCAACGAGGCGAAUUUGGGCGUAGUCUACAAUAUAAAUUUGACGGUUGUGAGUUUUUCGAUUCCAAAGAAUUUUGGUCUAAACUUGAGGGUCUCAACUCUCAGGUUCAAAGUUUGUUAGGCACAUUUGAAUGUGAAGGGAUGCAAGGAAACUGUGCACGCAUGGGUGCCACCGUGGGUCUCCAAGGUGCAUGUGGAUUACGUGAAGGUGAGGGUGAGUUUAGCGGAUGUGACUUCGAUGGUGAUGAUUUUGGUGGUGGAGUUGGCGGUGGACAAGUCUUUGGUGAUAGAGAUUUUGAUGAUGGUGGUGUUGGAUUUGAUGGUGGUAAUCUUGGUGGUUGUGACUUAGGAGGAGGAGAUCUUUGUGGUGGUGAUAGUGAUGGUGGAUUUGAUUUUGGAGGUUGUGUACUUGAGUUAAGAAGAGGCAAGAUAGGUCUAAUAGGUCAAAGGAGGCAAUAUAGAUUAACGGGACGCACAGGAGGUAAGAUUGGUCUGAUAGGCCUCACAGGAGGAAAGAUAGGACUAAUGGGACCCACCAGAGGAUUCACGGGAGGUAAGAUAGGUCUUAUAGGAUUGAUUGGAGGUAAUAUAGACCAACUGAACCCAUAG